CAACAGACGUACGAGCUGAAGAUGAUGUACAUUGCGCAAGUACGGAGUGCCAAUGUGAUCCCCAAGCUACUCGAGCACAUCUUUAUCGUUCUGGGCGUCGGAUGGUCAAGAUCACCAUUUGAUCUCACUCCUUGGGAAUUCGAUGAAUACGACGUCUCAGGAUUUGAUAUCACAUCGGAUGUGGCGUUCCAGCUACUCGCGGCCCAUCUCUAUUGGCGUUGCCUACGGAACACUCCCUCACUGGUGAGAAUUUGGUGGGCCGAGUGCAAGUCCAGGCAAUUGACGCUUGCCGUGGAAAGCUACACCGAGAGGUUCUUCAGCCCGAUCCUCAUUCGCACCGAAGUCAAAUCCGUACAAAGAAUGAAUAAAUCGGACUUAGAAGAGACGACGGUUAGAAUCAACAAGGCCGGGAAUGAAGUUUCUGCCGUCUUCACGGUGGAAGAAGCAGUGCUGGAAAUGGUCAUUCGACUACCGAGCAACUUCCCCUUACGCCAUGUCGAGGUUGAUAGUGGGUCAGGGGCAGGAUCCACUGCUGCCGGUGGCAGGGCGGCUGGAAUCAGCGAGUCCAGAUGGCGAGCUUGGCUGUUGAGUGCCAGCGCCGUCAUCGUAUCUCAGAAUGGAAGCAUUGCUGACGCAGUCAAACUGUACGCCAAGAACAUCACCUUACACUUCGAAGGCGUCGAGGACUGUGCAAUUUGCUAUUCGGUGAUUGGGGCGAUUGAUCGGACACUGCCAACAAAGCAAUGCAAGACGUGCAAACAUAAGUUUCACUCCAGUUGUCUCUUCAAGUGGUUCCGCACAAGCAAUCAAUCAACCUGCCCACUUUGUCGUCAGCCAACCUUCUGAGGAGUGUGUUGUUCAUCUUGCGAUCACCUGCUACAUAUACAGUAUAUUAGGUCGAUAGGCUUGGAUCCCGUAGACUAGAUUGUUAUAGAGAUGAGAAGGCUGUAAGGGUUACGCGCUGUCGAUUUUUGCUGUCAUUUUUUCGCAAACUCCGAAUCCAUUUUCGUAGUUAUUCAUCAAAGUAA